CCCAUUCAAGUAGAUAGACGAGUUUCAAGUGCGACGUAUAUCAAACACAGUUCAAAUCAUCUCUCUCGCAUAGUCACAUUACAUCGUUUAGUGUGAGUGGAGAACAAUCAUCAGGAUGGCGUCUGAAUACAAGCAAUUCACCAAUGAAGGUUUUGACGUAGAGGGCGUGGGUCAUGGAGACCCUCCUAGUUACGAUGAGAGUGAUGCGAUUCCAAGCUCAGCUCCACCUCAGAAUCCUUACCCGCCUCCGAACUCUUCUGAGUAUCCUAUGCAACAGCCUUCUAAAUCUCAGCAGGCUUCACAGUUCCCUCAGCAGCAACCAGGCACCUAUGCCCCUCAGCAGCAACCAGGCACAUAUGCCCCUCAGCAGCAACCAGGCACAUAUGACCCUCAGCAGCAACCAGGCACCUAUGACCCCCAGCAGCAUCCAGGCACCUAUGACCCUCAGCAGCAACCAGGCACCUAUGCUCCUCAGCAGCAACCAGGCACCUAUGCCCCUCAGCCGCAGGUGGUUCAGGUGCCGAUCCAACAGAACAUAGUUCAUGUGAGCCCGAUGAAAAUGCCGAAUGACUACUUUGCUCUAGCUCUCGUCACACUCUGCUGUUGUUUGCCGUUUGGGAUUGUAGCUCUCAUCAAGUCUACUGAGGUAAGGAACCGUUCAGCAGUUGGGGACUACCACGGUGCCGCUGUCUCAUCUUUGGAGGCGAAACGCUGGUCCAGAAUCGGGAUAAUGUUUGGAAUUAUUUCUGGACUUGUUACCAUUGUGUAUGCUAUAUUACACUCAUCCAUUGAAUAUGGUUAUUAGAAAAAUAAAAAGAAAGAAGGAAGACGGGGGACCAUGAUUAGAAAGAAAGAAGGGCUGCGUAGUUUGAAACCCAAUUGUUUGAUCUCAGUCAGUUUGAUUUCAUGACCACAAUCCUCGAUUAUAUAGAUUUUCGCAAAACUCCGCCAUAGGACCACUGCAAACGGGAGAAAUAGCUAGAGACAGAGAGAGAAAGGGAGAGAGAGAGAGAGAGAGAGACUGAGAAGGGAGGGAGAGAAAGAGAGACAUAGAGAGGAGGGAGAGAAAGAGAGAGAGAAAGGGUUGAUUAGAAAUGCCUCCCUUUAAAUGUUUAUUGAUACGUGUAACAAUACGAUACUUAACAUUUAAUAACUUUUGAAUCGAAUUAUAAUAAUUUAAUACAGUUAAGAUGACAGUAAUACAAAUACAUAGGUCUUUGUUACUCGUAUGACCGUAUUCUUUUUUAUUUCAAUGGCUCUGUGUAUGCAGUACUAAAUGUGUUCAAGGAUUAAUUUUUUAGUUAUCUCAAAUCGAGUGUACGUGUUUAAGGGGAUAGAUGAGUUUCGUUUUCAGACCGCAAAUGCCUUCAACGUGCAUGGUUAUUUCUUUUAAUCUUAUCUAUGACAUUU